AUGUCUCACCAGCAGCCACCUCACGAUCAACAACCAGGCGGACAUGGCGGGAAAGGUGAAGGACUUCCAGGCGGCGGCGGACGUGGUCCUGGUGUAGGACUUCCUGGCGGACGUGGUCCUGGUGAAGGACAACCAGGCGGACAUGGUCAAGGCGUUGGACUUCAAGAAGGGCUGGGGCAUUGCGGCCAGGAUCCCAGAGGACAGGAAGGGGGACGUCAACAGGAGCAUGGCCAAGGUGGGCUUGGUCUGGGCGGAGGACAUGGUCCGGGUGGAGGACAUGAUCAACCACAGGGACAGGGUCGUGUUGGUGAUCAACCACAGGGACAGGGUCGAGUUGGUGGUGGUGGUGGUGGUGGUGGUGGUGGUGGACAUCAGCCCCGUUAA